CGAUAAAUAACAGAUAUAGCAAACAGUGGAGUGAUUUUUCUCGCGAACAGAUUGCCAAACUUUCAGUGUUUGUUCGCCGUGUCGAGAUUGCAUCAUGGCAGAAAAUCAAGACACAAUCAAUGAAAAGGACAGUCCGGUCGAUGCUGUGCCACAGCUGGAUCUGACCAAAACGUCGAAACAGAUAUAUUUCGAGCUGCUGCGAACAUGGGUCUACCAUGCGGAGAUGCAAAACCAUCUGCACGCUCACUUCCCGUACUAUUUGAUGAGCAACUAUCCGCAGCUGUUUCAGCUAAAUGCGGGUGGUAGCGUACCGUCGGCAGUUCCCAGCAUGGGAUCUUUCAUGACCGGUAUGCCUACGACGAAUGGCGGAAGUACGACGGGUGGGAUAAAUUCAUCCGGUACGCCAACGGUACAGGGACAGAAUGUUACUGUGAACCGGGGACGUAACGAAACGAUCGAUCCAACCCGACCAGACGAUGCUAUUAAUCGGCACGGUGGAUAUGAAUACGUCAUUGCACCGCUUUGGAAACGAUUCGCGGCCGAAGCCAUCGAUAUAUCGAUAAUAUUUCUGCUUAAGAUAAUGACCACACUGGCGUUUAUAGAUGCGUUCGAAAUCGAUCUCUUGUACAUGGACCUGGACGCGAUUCGUAACUCGUUCGAGGAAGAUUACACCGAGCUGCUAUCGUUCACCUCGGAGCUGAUAUUUCUCGAGAUAGGCAUCAAGAUAGCGGUGUGUAUCUACGAAGCGGUAUGGACGGCACACGUACAGGUCAUACCGGGCAGUGCAACGCCCGGCAAGAUGCUGAUGGGUUUGCGGAUCGUGUAUGCCGAAUCGGUCGCAGUGCUGGAACCGCAACCCCAGCCCGGUUUGCUCAGCAAUCAGAUACCGCUGCGGGCACUACUGUAUCCGGGCACGACACCAAGCUUUGGCCGCGCGUUUGCCCGGGCGGUCGUGAAGAAUGCCGUGAUAGCAUUUCUAUUUCCCAUGUGUUUGCUGUUGCUGUGCUUCCGGCAAAAUCGCUCCAUCUACGACGUUGUGACGAAGACGGUCGUGGUGGAGGACAAUCCCAACCCGGUGCUACGACGGCGCUAGGAAGGUGGAAGGGUUUCGCGCGUGAAGGCUGUGGAUGAACCCAGUACCAAAAGAGUUUUCUUUCAUGCAUACCGCCGAGCAGCCGAAAGACCGGCCUGUGAUGGGUUUUGGAGCAUCCAAAUGCUCGCUGAUUACUAUAACGUAAACAUUUCAGUUAACCAAAUACGAGACAUAAAACAACCCCGCUAUGGUGAAGAGUUACGCUGGUAAUAUAAAUGUAAUAAAUUGUGUAAAGUGUACCCGGAACAGGAACCGUUUAGC